ACCAACUGAAAUGUUUAAAAUUGCAUGAACGGGCCGAUCGACGAGCGGCGGUGGUCCGUCGGAUCGGAGAUGCAUCUAGGACUGACAGUCUCGUCUCGAUGGUGUCCGAGGCCGAGGUUCGAGGUCCGGUGCCGGCGACGGACGAGGUGCGGUGAGAUCCGGGCCAGGGUGUAACCGAGCCCAGAGAGUCAGUCAGUCGCCGGUGUUCAGAGUCCAGAGACAGGGACCGAAGGGGGAACGACGAGGUGUUGCGGUGAAAUGUCCGAGGCACAGGCCACAGGCAUGAAUCAUCGUCGAAAAGUGUGCCUCGCUCCCACGUGAUUCCGAGAGCCCAGCAGGGCAUGGGGCGAUCUUGCAGCAAAGAAAGUUAUGGGCUCGACGACGUUGGUCCUAGAGGCAGCACAUGACGAAUGAAGGAGAUCGACCCUCCGAUUGAGUUCAUGCGCGUGGAAAAAGAUGUAGGGUCAUCGAUUUGGCGAAUUCCUGACAUGAGGAUUCGAAGACGAUACGCGCGUGAGAGUGCACUUCAUUUCUCCAAACAGGGAUUGAGAGGAAAAGAAAGCACGGAGAAAGCAUCGUCGAAUGAUGAGGCGGAUUUAUAUCUUUGAGCGAAGCGGCGAGUCUACAAUCCGGACUUUUACGUUUACAAGGCCCCACAUCUUAGCCGUAAAUCAGAACCAACGACAGCAAUCUCAUUCCGAUUCAUACAGAUCAGCAAAGAUCAUAACCUGUCCGAAGUCUACGUGUAGCUCAAUUACACGGCCCUCCGACAAUGACACUGAAAAUAUGAACACUUUGGUUUUUUUCUCAGCUAGAAACAACUUUCGCUAGAUGGGGAUUUUUGUAUUUCUAUAACAAGCUCAGCGCACAGAAGCUUUAGAAUAUAAGACAUUCCAGAUGUUCAUUAGCACAAAGUCUGCAUGAAGACAACAUAUUCGACGGCAUUCUACGAUCACUUGCGUUGAAUAAUGUUGAUAAUUGUAUGAAUAACACGCAGUGAGACAUUGGAACUUUCCAAGUUUAUUACAUUAUAACCUGAAGUAUAACAACGCCGAUUUUUGUGGAUCAAAUAUUUCCAGCGAGAUUGAUAGUGCUGCCCGUAGAACUACUUAUUCAUAGGACGCUGAGAAAGGGAAUCUUGAUGCAAGUUGUAUAUAUUAUAAAAAAUUUUGCCGAGCACUUGCAAAUUUGCAUUUGCAACCGGAGUGCUUAGAAUAUUAUCAAGACUACUGGAGAGACGAAGUAAU